UUGGGUAGCGGGUGACGUGCCCAGAGUCCCCCAUUGGACUCUCUAAAUAGAGAGAUUAAGAGAGAGGGAGAGAAAACGAAAGAGGAAAAGCCCCGACUGCCUUUCUCUCGCUACGCUCUCAAUUCUUGCCCCAGCACAUCAGGACGCGAGCAGGAGCCAUGAGCAGCGGUGGCGGUGACAACGGCGGUACGGACUCGCGCGCGGAGGAGAAGGACUGCAGCCUUCCCUACUGGCAGGGCGCCUGGCAGCGCAGGCAGAUUGGCUUCCACGACCCCAACGUCCACGAGAAGCUCAUCAAGUACCUGGACGCGAUGCGCAGCGGCCGGGCCAAGCUGCGCGUCUUCCUGCCCCUGUGCGGCAAAGCCGUGGACAUGAAGUGGCUCGCAGACUUGGGCCACGAGGUGGUCGGAGUGGAGGGGGUGGAAUCCGCCAUCGUCGAGUUUUUCUCGGAGCAGAACGUGGAGUUUCGGAGGCAAACGGUGCCGUCUCUACCCGACGGGGAACUCUUCCAGAGUCUGGACGGCAAGAUGUCGGUGUACAGGUGUGACUUCUUCAACUUUACAAGUGCGGUUGCCGGUCGGUUCGACGCGAUGUGGGACCGCGGGGGACUCGUUGCCAUCAAUGCGAGCGACCGCGAGCGGUUUGCAGCUAUCAUGACCGACCUCAUGGCACCGGGCUGCCGAUAUCUUCUGGACACCUUCAACUACAAUGACCUCACCUUCAAGGGACCACCCCAUUACGUGCCUGAAAGUGAAAUACGAGCUCUCUACGGGGAGCGAUGCGAUGUGGAGCUCCUGGAAUCGGACAAGGAGUCCAUGGCUGACCGUGCUGAAAGAUGGGGCCUGGACUACAUCAUUGAAGUCGUCCACCUCAUCACGCCCAAGUAGCGCUCGUCCGGAUCGCCCCGCAACCAGGAGUAGAGAUUAACAACAAGACCGCAUUCGUCAAUAACACUGCCUGAGAGCAGAAAUACAUAUCAAUAUAAGGCGUAAUUUUGGGCAGUGUCCCUUCUAUUGACGAGCGUACCGAAUUUGUGUUGGCGAUUGCGCGCUACUGAAAGCGCGUCACAAAAUAAUUUGACACGAGAUUACCGUACCGUAGGCACGCAACCACGACUCACCGUCUCGAUGAUUCGUCGCUUGACAUCGAUUCUUACGCUCACGAUACACGCAUCAAGUCGUAACGCGUGAAAAUAGACUACUUAUAUUUUGGGUAAUUUAUAUAUGGAUUUGGUUAAUGUAGCAAACAUGUACAAGCGAAGCUGUAAAUUGAUGAGCAAUUCUCAAAACCAAAUUUAGCAAUUAGAAUCAGACGUUUCGCUUGAAACUGCGCCAAGCAUCUUUAGGACAAAGAUCCAGUCAGUCAGAAUACAUUGCAGGAAGUACAAAUAAGUGAAGUAUACACGUGGCCAAUUAUGAAUCACAACUGUGGCUGCGAUACCGACUUGUAAUUUUUUUUUUACAAAUUAUGUAAUAGAAACCAGGACAAUGAACAGCAGCAAUUAGUCGACUCAGAGGUGCCGGGGACAGUGGGGAACAGGGCGUCGUGACGUGCCCACGGCUUGGUGUGGACUUGGCAGAGGUCAGCCAAGCGUGCGGUCCGAGGUUUCUUGGACGAGCGGUGACGAUUUUAAAAACAAAAACAUAAAAUUGUCACUGAAAUCGCCCGUCUUGUUUCGGAGCGUUGAGUGACCAAACCGUCCCUCUGAAAUUCACCCUGCGUCCCCCCGAUGCUCUCGACUGGACAUCGAAACGUAACGUCACUCUUAACGUCACUCUGAACUCCACUUGACACCGCCGACAGGCACGAGGAGCAGAGCCACGGUUUCACAGGCCUAACGGAGCUUGGACAAUGCACAUUCUUUGUUUUGACCUCGUAGACCUGCCUGAAACUAAAAAUGUACACUUGUACCACUGCACCAACAAAAGAUAUUAAAGAAAUCAAACGUCAAAA